GCGUUCAGAAACGUUUAUGUAUUUUCUCUGAAUGUGUUUGUUAAAGUUAUUAAUAGAAUUAAUAAUAUUCUUUGAUAUACACAUAUUGAAUUACAGAUGUUAUUGAAGUAAGAUACAAAAGUUGUCAUGCUCUGCUUUCAGCAGCACCAUGCACAUGUUAUUAGGAACCGAGUUGAAGUAGUCGCAGCCUUCUGAAAGGCAUGACACAACUGCGUUUUGGCUGUAGUUGUUACGUUGGCGAAAAUAAUAAGGCUGGCUGUUGUUGUUACACAUAGGAAACAAUGGACAUGUAUUAAAAUUUAGUGUUUGAUGUUGUCACAUAAUCUUAAAUGUGUUAAUUUCAAAGUUGGCCUAUUUGCGUAAAGAUGAUUAAGUCAGCGUGGAAAUUUUUAUGCUACUGGUACUUUCGGUACUUAAUGGUAACAGAACUCUACAUGGUAGAAAGAUGGGAACGUGGAGUGGUCAGUGUUGUAUUUCUAAUUCUGUUCCUUAUGCUGGCCUACUUUAAUUAUGCUGUUAUUCUGUAUGCAACAUCAUCAAUAAUUAGGUAUACAUUAAUAUAGCAGAUGCCAGGCUCACUACCACAGAACUUUUACCAUCAUCACACAUACUACAUACCAGCACAAAAGGAGCAGGAGGACAAGAUUAUUUCAACUUUGUAACUUUUUCUGGAUGAAUGAAGAUGAAUUGUCUGUUUACAAUUGUAAGAAUGAAUUUACAUUCCUUAUUUUACCAUAAACCAAAGAAAUUAUUAAAACUGUUUGUUGCAUUUUUUAUGAUAAUAUUCAUUCACUUAGUAACUGUAUGAGCCGAUGAAAUAUAUGUAUAUCUUACCACAUUUAUUUUAAAAGACUUGCAUUCCACUUUCCAUUUGGUGAUUAAUCCCAAAACUCAAGAAUUCUUUAUGUAUAUGAGUUAUAUCUCUCUUGAAGAUAAGUAAUACCAUCUUUCAGGUGCCACAAUCCAUCUCCUUUUCAUUUUCAAUUAAGAUUUUGAUGCUGACAGCUUUAUAACUCAACUUGUUUUGACCCACACUUGUUAAUGAAGGACAUGGGUGCACAGGGAAUGUAUCACAUGUUGAUCUAGAUACAAAGAGUUAGCAGUUCUAAUAAAAUUUUAAAUAUCAGUGUAGCAGCAUAUAAUAAAUAAACUAAACUAAAAUAUUCUUGCGUGAUCAACCAUUUCAAAGUUUGGUCACCCAACAUUUUAGUACACUCAUUUGAUAUGAAAUAUUCAAGACAUACACAACAUAUAAAAUAUAUUUAUGUACGCUUUCUUCUAUACUCUUAUGCAAGAGGAAAUACUGAGAUUGUAAGGAAUUACAUUAAGCUUAAAUAAAUGUCCAAUAUAUUUUAUUGUC